AGUAAACUUGCCCUGAAUUGGAUUCUUUAUCAAUUCACUAAAACGGGAUGGUGACUAAUUGUAUAGAUUUUACCAUGUUGUACGUUAUAAUCUCUACUGGUAAAGUGUCUGUGAAAGAAUGGCCGAAUUACGAAGUUUUAAAAUUGAUUUCCCUGAUAAACUUCUAAUUCAACUCUGUCAUUAUAAACAAAAAUCGAAUUGGGAUUGUGGAAUUUCUUGCGUUUUAAUGGUUCUACCACGAAUAUAUAGGGAAAGUCUAUUAAAACAUUUACCAGACGUUUGUAAAGUGGAAGGAUUUAAUAAAAGUACAUGGACAAUUGAUUUAUGUUAUCUACUCAAGAAAUAUAACGUUCAACACAAAUUCUACACGAUUACGUUGGGUAUUCAUCCUGGCUAUAGUAGAAGUUCGUUUUACAGACACAUAUUAUCCAAGGAUGAGGAAAGGGUUAAAAAAAGAUUUGCAGCUGCCAAACAAAAUGGUAUAAGUGUUAGAAAAAAGUCUUUAAAGAUGCAACAAAUAUUAGACCAUCUUAAGAACGGGCCUGCGAUAUUAUUAACGAAUGCCAAUUUAUUAUUUUGUGAUAUUUGUAAAACUAACAGACUGACAUCAGAACUUAGAAAAUGCUUUCCAUGGCCUAUCACUUACCAAGGACAUUAUGUAGUACUUUGCGGUUACAACUGCAUCAAUAAUAAAGUGUAUUACAGAAAUCCGUCCCUGUCGGACCGUGUUUGUGUAAUGUCCUCAAACGAUCUAGAGCAUGCCAGGAAAAGUUACGGUACAGACGAAGACAUUAUUUUAAUUUAUUCAUGACGAUAGUUUGUAGUAUUGCGACUUUUCUAUAUUUUUUACACUUUUUUGUACUUCCUUCGUUAACUUUUUUUGCGUAAAGGACUAUUUCUAAGUAAUAAAACGAUUUUAACUGCUUAAAGAGUAAUUUAAAGUACUCUAAAUUUUAUUACAGAAAAUAAACUACAUCUUUCUUUA